GAGGCGACCAGUCUGCAGUUGGCUUUCUGCUGGCAAAGACGCGUUCGCCAAGAGUCUCGAGGAAAAACCUCUGCGGGGAAAAACUCGAGCCGCGAGAGUUGGGAAAACGGAAUCGAAACCGUUUCGAAUCGAAUCGAAUCCAGCCUAGCAUUUGGCUUUACUUUCAGUUUAACUCUUAAUUUCGGCUCAGUUUCGGGGAUCUAUAGACCCAUUCAAAAUUUUUGCAAAUAUUUUUAUGAUCGUUGUUUGAGAGCCUGUGAAACUUCCAUCGACCGCUUUUCAACUGCUGCGUGUGUGUGAAGUGAGUGUGCGGCAUUCGCUUUUCAAAAGCGUUGGGGAAAAACUCGCAAGGAUUUCACUUUGAGCCGCGCUUGCCGGCUUCCAAUUGGCAUUGCCAUCAAAUUGAGAGAAACAAAACUAGUUCAAGGCAGCUUGAAAGCAUCUUUCAGAUAUGUAUACAGAUACAUCCGCGGGUUUUUUGAGACCCGCCAACAUGGAGCUAUCGCUGUCACCAAAAGAAACGGAGGUCCGUCCCAACACCAUUCCCGAUUUAAAAGUAGAUGCCACAUUCCGCAAGGUGGCAAAAAAUGCGAUAACCUUUGCCCUUUGGAAAAUCGACGAAGAUCGUUUGGAGGCAGUCGUCCGAUCGCAACAUGGAACCUUCUACGAUAACUGCGCCUACAUUAUCUACGCAGCCAGUUUGCCGGGUCAUUAUGCCAACCAUGAAACCAUCACACGCGAACAGAAGUCGAAUGUGGUGUUGGAGCGAUAUAUUCACUACUGGCUGGGCAAGAAUGUCAGCGAGCAGAAUCGAUCCAAUGUGGUGCACAAAAUCCAGGAGCUGGACUCUUAUUUGGGAAACAUAUCGUCUAUUUACAGGGAGACCCAGAAUUUAGAGAGCGCAAGGUUUCUUUCUUACUUCAAGAAGGGUUACGACGUUCGCUCGGGAGCCCUUUUAAACGCCCCCAAAAGGCCACGCCUCUACCAACUGCACGCCCGCAAAUGGCUGCGAUCCAUUGAGUUGGCCACCAUUGAUUGGUCGCACUUCAACUCGGAUUACAUAAUGGUCUUGAAAACGGAGAGCCUCAUUUUCGUAUGGAUCGGUCGCUCAAGUUCGGGAAUCGAGCGACGAAGUGGCCUCGCUUGGGUUCAAAAGCACUGCAGUGGAUCGCCCAUCACAAUUGUGGACGAUGGCUACGAACAGGCAAUGUCGCAGGAGAACAAAGAGCUGUGGAACUCCCUGCUGCCGCUCAAGCAACGGAUGGUCUGCCAGGCCAGCCAAUUGGUCAGCGAAUAUGCCGACUACAAUAGCAACAAGUUCCGGAUCUACAAGUGCAAUCAGCGAGGCCGAUUGCAUCUGGAUCAAUUGGAUGUGGGAAUGCCGGCAAAGGAUGAUCUGAGCGAUGCCCAUGGCGUCUACCUAUUGGAUAACUACGGCCAGAGCAUUUGGUUGUGGGUUGGAGCUCAGGCUCCCCAAGCGGAUGCUCUUUCUGCCAUGGGAAAUGGACGGGCAUUCGUGAAAAAGAAGAAGUAUCCGGAUAACACGCUGGUCGUACGAGUUUUGGAGGGUCACGAACCGGUGGAGUUUAAGCGACUGUUUGCCAACUGGUUGAACAUCUGGCAGGAGAACUCCAGGGGUCACAAGCCGGUGUCCACAAAGUUCGGCAAGCUAGAUGCCCAUUCCCUAUGCGAGCGUCCAAAAAUGGCAGCGGAUACACAGCUCGUUGAUGAUGGAAGGGGCGAAAGGAUACUGUAUCGCAUUUGGGGAGAUCAGGUGCAGGAACUGCCUGCUUCCAAAACGGUGGUCUUCACCACGAAUGCCAGCUAUGUGGUGAAGUACAGUGUGCAGUGCGCCACUGUUGUUCCAGCAGAUCUUGCCUCGGUGGGCAUUAAAACCAUAAUUUACCAGUGGAACGGUUCGGAGGCCUCUGCCGAAUCGAUUUCCCGAGCAGAUAAGUUUGCCAAGGCCAAUUUCGAUGCUCUCAAGGAGCCAGAAAUGUUCGUACAGCUUUAUGAGUUCGAUGAGCCGCCGCACUUCCUUCAGAUCUUCGAGGGAAAACUGAUUAUCAUGCGAGGCCAACGCAGCGAAAUGCUUUACAACGGAAGCGCAACUGGGAACGUCUUGGAGGAUACUUUUCUGUUGAAGGUUUACGGCGAUGCCAGCUACAAUGCCAAGGCUGUGGAAGAGACUCCUUUGUCAUCGAUCAGCUCCAAAGAUUGCUAUGUGAUCAAAACGAAUCAUGUUUGGGUUUGGUGCGGACAGAGUAGCACUGGCGAUGCCCGCGAAAUGGCGAAAUCUGUAGGCGCGCUUUUGGGAGAGAGCUCACUGGUUCUCGAGGGCAAGGAGAGCAAGGAAUUCUGGCAAUCGGUGGCCAUGUACUUUAACCAAACCCUGGUGAUCAAUGGGAAUGGAAACUCCUGCUCCAGCAGUACGAGCAGCAGCAGUGGAGCCGGUAGCAUGUGCAAUGGCAGCUCGAAUGGUGGCAACAUAUCACCCACCCUCAGCAACAAUUGCUAUCUGAACACCAGUGUACCGAGUAAACCGAGACCUCCGGUCCAACUAUUCAUGGUCUGGUGGCAACAGAGCACGCUGAGGUACGAGGAGAUACUCGGCUUCGAUCAGCAGGAUCUCAGCUCGGAUUGCACCUAUAUCCUGGACACUGGAACCCUCACUUACGUUUGGCUGGGAUCUCAGGCUUUGAACCAGGAACGCUACACUGCAAUUGCACAGAGCUACGUGCAGAAUGCUCCCUUCGGACGCAGAUCAGCCACGGCGUUGGCUGUCGUCAGGCAAUUCCAAGAGCCAAAUGUGUUCAAGGGAUUCUUUGAGUCCUGGCAGAACGAUUACGGCAAGAACUUUUUAUCAUAUGAGGAAAUGCGCAAGGAUCUGGGCAAUGCAGUGCCCAAAACCUGUAGCCUUGCAAAUGAUGGUUCAGCGUUGCUUCUAAACAACAUGCAAAAGGACUUUGAUGGUCACAAAAAGUAUCCAUUGACCGUACUCGUCCAGGAAAUGGACAUGCUACCCCCGGAAAUAAAUCCCCUGAAGAGAGAGGUUCAUCUCACCCACGACGAUUUUGUCUCUGUUUUUAAAAUGUCAUUUUACGAAUUUGACGAGCUGCCCAAGUGGAAAAAAAUGGAGCUGAAAAAGCAAUUCAAAUUGUUUUGAGCUUUGGAACUUGUUGAAAUGCGUCUGACAAGUGCGCACUGUAUAUAUUCCUCACUUUUAAUGAAUACUAUGAAGACAUAGUAGCUGUUGAAGCGAUUUAUGUUAAAUAUACACACUUUACGUAGAUAUAAUAAAGCGAAAACAUGGAACUUUUGCGAAUCAAUAA